AGCAGCUCAUUUAAGAACAUGAAAUUUUGAAUCCAUUGAACUAAUUUGCACCUAGAACUAUGUACUUUUGAGCAUUGAUACUUUGGUAGUGUUGAACUGUGAUUGUUUGCAAGAACCCAUUUGGUAUUGGGGUUUGGAUUCCAGUUCUGUUUUGUCUUGAAUUGUUGGGCAGAUAUGUAUGAGUGGUUAUUUUGGCUUUGAGUUGCAGAAAAAGUUUUGAGUCUUGAAAGAAGUGGAUUUGGUUUGGAUGUUUCAAAUAUCCUAAUAUUAACAUAGUUUAGUAACUGGAAAUUCUCAUGCUUAUUGUUUAUCUUGCUGCAUAACAAUUGGGUUCUUUAAAUGUCCAAACUUUUCAUGACAAUUGGCUUAAGUUUAUUAAUUUAUUUCAUAGACAUUUUAUUCUUGCUGCCAGCAUUUUGGUAUGUUAGAACUGGGAUAUGGAUGAAAGGUGGUUUCCUGAGUUCUUUUAUUCAUUCUGAAGAAUCUCCUGUAAUAGCACCAAGCUAAAACCUUUUCUUCUUAAAAUCAAUCAUGUUGCUCAAAAGAGAAAUUGUAUCCCUCCUGUAGUGAAAAGUAGUAGUAACUAUACUUUUCAACCUUUUAUUACAAGCCCUUCUGUCACUAUAGGUGUUUAGGGACUAAUAGGGGCCUCGAAUAAUCUCACAGCAUUGAUUUAUCACUGAGAGAUUUGAACUUUUUGAACUACAUAGUUACAUUUGUGUUUGCGGUCGAUAUACUGGUAUAUCUGUGCUUAUACUGUGGUAGUCUCCAUUUCUCCAUAGGUUUCAUCUAGGAGGAAAUGACCAGCUAACUAUCCCCUCAGCUCUAAAGCUUUGACAGAUUCCUUGGCAUGGUCUGCAACGCAAAAUCUAAAUUUGAUCAGAGAAGGUAGCUCACGAAUUGAGGAACAGCUUGGGGGAGUUUGGUGCUUGAAGAAUCAUGGGUAGACACCAAGAGGGAACAAUUAGUAAUAGCGCAUCUUCACUCAGGGAACCAAACCUGGGCAAGGACAAAGUGAAAUCAAGCUCAACUCCAGUAUCUCGCUGCCUUGUUUGUUUGGACAAGAACAGUUGUCGAGUAGUUCGUUCGAGAACAAAGCUGAUGAAUAAUUUAAUUUCAAGAGGGAAGCCUCAUGAAGCUCAUUCCAUCUUCAAUAAUUUAGUAGAAGAAGGACAUAGGCCAACUCUUAUAACAUACACAACUCUAGUAGCUGCCUUGACCCGCCAGAGGCGUUUCAAGUCAAUUCCCUUGCUCCUCUCUGAAGUGGAGGAGAAUGGUAUGAAGCCUGAUUCAAUACUUUUCAAUGCCAUGAUCAAUGCUUUCUCCGAAUCUGGAAAUGUAAAUGAUGCCAUGAAAAUCUUUCGCAAAAUGGAGGAGAGUGGAUGUAAGCCCACAACCAGCACUUUUAACACCCUUAUCAAAGGAUUUGGAAUUGCUGGUAAACCUGAAGAAUCUUUAAAAUUGCUAGAGCUUAUGUUGCAGGAUGGGAAUGUGAAACCAAAUGACAGGACAUAUAAUAUUCUAGUUAGAGCCUGGUGUAACAAGAAGAGAUUAGAUCAAGCCUGGAAUGUGGUGUAUAAGAUGGUUGCUUCUGGGAUACAACCUGAUGCAGUCACUUUCAACACAUUGGCAAGGGCUUAUGCUGAGAAUGGAGAGACCAGUAAAGCUGAAAGGUUGAUGUUGGAGAUGCAACACAACAAAGUUAACCCCAACGAGCGUACGUGUGGCAUUGUUGUAAAUGGAUAUUGUAAAGAAGGUAACAUGACAGAUGCUCUGAGGUUUGUAUAUAGAAUGAAGGAUCUUGGGGUGAAACCAAAUCUCGUCAUUUUCAACUCUCUCAUCAAGGGGUUUCUGAACAUUACAGACACUGAUGGAGUUGAUGAGGUACUGACAUUGAUGGAAGAAUUUGGGAUAAAACCAGAUGUGAUAACAUUUAGCACCAUAAUGAAUGCAUGGAGCUCAGCAGGGCUAAUGGAAAAAUGCCAGGAGAUCUUUGAUGACAUGAUAAAAGCAGACAUAGAACCAGACAUCCAUUCAUUUGGCAUUCUUGCAAAAGGCUAUGUGCGUGCCGGUGAUCCAGCGAAGGCCGAGUCACUUCUGAGUUUCAUGGGCAAAUCUGGUGUGCAUCCAAAUGUUGUAAUCUUCACAACCAUCAUGAGUGGGUGGUGCACAGCAGGAAAAAUGGAGCAUGCUUGGGGUAUCUUUGAGAAAAUGUGUGAAAUCGGAAUCACCCCAAAUGUGAAAACUUUUGAGACUCUAAUAUGGGGAUAUGGGGAAGCUAGGCAGCCAUGGAAAGCAGAAGAUUUGCUUCAUGUAAUGGAAGAGAAGGGUAUUGUUCCUGAAAUGAGAACAAUCGAGCUUGUUGCUGAGGCUUGGCGUGCUAUAGGUUUAAUGGAUGAAGCGAUGAGACUCCUCAAUGAGUCAAAAGAGGAUCCGGAAGUCAUACUAAACAAGGCACCUGAACAGAGUUUAGAGACAAUUAGUCGAAAACAAAGCUUGAAUACUUCUUAUCCUAAUGCUUUGCAGAUACCUGGAGUAGUUGUUUCUGAUAAUGGCAGCUCUGCUGCUAACAUAAGAGGCCAGAUGAUUUCAAAAAGAUUCGAGUUUUCAUCUGAAAGUAUGCAGAAUGUUACUAGAACCAUGUGUGUUACUCGUACAUCUGCACUAAGAGUGCAGCCACUGGUUAUAUGCAGGAGGCAGUUUCAAAGUCAAGUUGGGAUAUGCAGGCAGUUUGAAAAUACAUGUAGAGUGGUGUAUAUAUGUUAGCGAAGAAGAAACAACACAAUCGUGAUACCACGCACAUAUAUGUUCUUUCUUAUCUUGUUACUCGUGAUGUGGAACUCUUACAUUCUUCCACAUUCCCAUAAACAGUUCCAUGUGGUUCCUGCCUUUGAAGAUUUCAUUGGUUCUUAGAUUCAGAUUGCUCAUGAUUAUUUGGCCUAGCCAAUACUUUUUGAUUAACAGGGAUACUUCUUUCCCUUUCUAUUGGUGUAGCUGAUUGUGCAAGUUAAAGCUCCAUGAAAUGUGUAACACAUGUUGGAUAGUUCAGGGAUCAACCAACAGUUUCUGUUGAUAUGUAAGUGAAAUUAAAGUAUAUGUAUAAAAUUUCGAAGUUGAUCA